GGGUUUAUAAGGGCAUCUCUCUGGUCGUGGUGCGUGGGGCUCUAGGAUACAGCCUGCAAACAUGUAAUUGGUGUCAUGAGGACGCUGGAAUCAGGAACACAUGACUACUGUCUCCAGAGAGAGAGAGAGAGAGAGAAAGAGAGAAAGAGGAAGAAAGAGAGAGAGAGAAUAACGAAGAGAUGUAAGAGACACAUGUAUGAGUUUGUGUGUACAUAUAUAUAUAUAUACAACUGGAAGGAGGAAGGGAAUUCCAGGAAAGGAAAAAUCUAAAGAAAAUAAGUUUAGGUCUAGAAAUAGAGGGAAAACUGGCUACCAGAGAGAGAAAGAGGAGAAGAAAGGAUAGACAGAGCGAGAGGUUUGGGAAAUGUACAGCUUGCCGCUAUGCUGCCGGGUCUUCCCUCACAGUUCUGGUCCAAAUUCGUCCCCAGGGAUCACCGUAAACGCUCUGGACCAAACUGGAGCGAAUCCAUCGUCCUCAUGGAGCUCUCCAUCGACCAGCCCUGCUCCUGCCCCAGCUGUGGCAAUUGUAUCCUCAGCAUGCAGGCCAGCCGGAAAAAGACAAAGGUCCUGGGCUUGAUGAUGAUGAUCAACUUCCUCAUCUACAUCCUGGUAGAGGUGACCAGGAGCUACGGCCAGGGCAAGUCCAACGUUAUAGAAAGGCACCUCCCUACAAAUAAUUUCUGGAAGAAGUUUCAACUCAGUGAGGCAUUCUGGAACCGUGAGCAGCAGCACCUGGACCACGUCCACAACCCGUUGAUUGUUUCAGCCCUCACCCCCACCAACUCAACCCUUCAGGAGGUCCCACAGUUGUCUGAUUGGUUGAACUACACGUCUCGGACAGACCCUUGCAAGGCGGACAUUGGCAUGACCUUGCAGAUUAAGGACUAUAACUCCCUGCCGCAGCGCUUCAAGGACUUCCUGUUGUACAUGCGGUGCAGGUCGUACCGUAUGCUGGCGGAUGCACCUGCAGCUUGCUCAGAACCUCCGUUUCUGUUGCUAGCCAUAAAGUCUAUGGCGCCACAUUUUGAUAGGAGACAGGCAAUUAGACAGUCUUGGGGUCGAACUGGAAUCCUUGACAAUCGCCGUGUGGUCACCAUCUUCCUUCUCGGCAACACUGAUGCGAGUGACCACUUCCCAGACUUGUCCGCAAUGGUCAAACACGAGGCACAGCUGCAUGGGGACAUCCUCCAAUGGGAUUACCGUGACACCUUCUUCAACCUCACUCUGAAGGAGGUUCUCUUCUUGGAGUGGAUGGGCAAUCAUUGUUCCUCAGCCCAGUAUAUUUUCAAGGGGGACGACGAUGUCUUUGUCAACACUCGUCACAUCCUUAAGUACCUCGACAAACUGUCCGGCACUGCCGCCCGAGAUCUCUUCAUUGGAGAUGUGAUAACUAAUGCUGGACCUCAUCGGGACAAGAAGUUGAAGUACUACAUCCCAGAGAGCGUCUUCACGGGACCUUACCCGCCCUACGCCGGUGGAGGAGGUUACCUCUACUCGGGUAACGUGGGACUCCGUUUGAGGAACGUCUCCCGCCACAUCUCGCUGUACCCUAUUGACGACGUCUACACGGGCAUGUGUCUCAAGAAACUGGGACUAGUCCCAGAGAAGCACAAAGGCUUCAGGACGUUCAACAUCGAGGAAAAGUACAGAGACAGUGCCUGUGCCUAUCAGAGCUUGAUGCUGGUGCAUCCCAGGAGUCCGCAGGAGAUGAUUCAAAUCUGGGAGUGGAUCAGCAACCCUGGAUUGAACUGCUAGCGACAAUUGACAGCUCUGAAUUGCUCCAUAUGUUAAGAUGCUAGUAAGACCCAAGUCCAGAUUGUUUGAUGACUGUUGGUUGAACUGCUUGUCAGUCUGGCAGUGUCUGGAGAAUCGGGUCUGGGCUUAAUCGAGAGCUUAAUCCUAUUCCGGGUCCGAUGCAUCCUCACUUUAAGGAAUGUUCCUCAUGGUUUAGGCAAGGAUUGGCACCUGUGUAGCAUGUGCUGGAAGCAUUGCAUGACCCACUGUGGAUUGCCUGGGAACUUACCUGCUCUGUUCACCUAUAGGAUCACUUGGACUUGCACUUGGACAUUACCCAAGCUUAGUACUUGGAAGCUGGCAGGAUAAAGUCCUGAUAAUGUGUAGUACACCUGAUACAGACAUUUGUGUUCGCACAUACAGCUUCUCCAGGUAAAAUCUGUAACAAAUCUGGAUUACCUUUGUUUUUUUGAAAGGGGCUAGAGCCCCUUCUGGUUAUGAUCUUCACUUAUCUUGACAUUAUCCUGACAUUAUCAUGAAUAGAACUUAUUACAUCUCGAACCAGUGACUGUGCCUUGAAUUUCUAAGGGAUGUACAUCGGCUCUACAGUGGUUUAUUGAUGCUGAGGUAAAGUGCAAGUAAGGUACAGGUCCAGAUGCUGGAAUGGAUCCCUAUUGCAAUUUGCAAUUCUAACCAAACUCUUCUACAUGACCAAAGCCUUAAAGCAAAUCGCCGCUGUACAAUGAAAAACACUUAUCUCCAAAACUUUCAAUGGAAGUCAAUGUAAAAAGAGUUUAUUUCAGGUCUUUUGUAGAGUUUAUAUUGUUCCUUACAUCAAGAAAAUGUAAGGGACAGUUUGUCUGUUCACAUUUUGUAGUAAACUAAAAAUCGACAAAAAUGUAGAUAAGUGUUUUUCAUAGGACAGCGACGAAAUGCAUUUUACCACUGCAGGAAACCUAUACUACCUGAUUUUACUCGCUUUUUGGUAACUUGUUCAUUUUCAAACCUUAAAACUAUAGAAAGUCAUGUUUUAGCCCAUAGUCAGCUUGCUUGCAACCACAGUUGAGCAGAUACUAAAUAUGAGGUAUCUGGUUCCAGGUACCAGGUACCAAAUUUGCCUUAAAAACAUAAAAACGCCUUGUGAGGAAGCAUGAAGUGGAAAAACGUAUUGAAAUUAUAGUUAUUAUCCAGUUUUGAACUUGACAACCAUAGUUUGAACACUGAAUCCCUUCCACUCUUUACAGAAUAAUCCACAUUUGGGUGCUUUAAGCUAUUCCCCCCUUCACAACUUAACAACAUAUUUGCUUCAGAGAAUCACCUGAUCUUCACCUGAACUUCAAAACACCAUAUGGCUCUGAAAAAUAAAUAGACCACUUCAGUUUCUGAAUCAGUUUCUUUGAUUUUGUUAUUUAUAGGUUUAUGUUUGAGUAAAAUGAAUAUUGUUGUUUUAUUCUAUAAACUACAGACAACAUUUCUCCCAAAUUCCAAAUAAAGUCAUUUUUAGCAUUUAGCAUUGUUAUUUUAUAACAAAAAAGAUGCAGAGCUUUCAGACCUCAAAUAAUGCAAAAAAAACAAGUUCAUAUUCAUGUUCAAGUUUUAAGAGUUCAGAAAUCAAUAUUUGGUGGAAUAACGCUUGUUCUUAAUCACAGUUUUCAUGCAUUUUGGCAUCAUGUUCUCCUCCACCAGUCUUACACACUGCUUUUGGAUAACUUUAUGCUGCUUUACUCCUGGUGCAAAAAUUCAAGCAGUUCAGUUUGGUUUGAUGGCUUGUGAUCAUCCAUCUUCCUCUUGAUUAUACUCCAGAGGGUUUUGAUUUGGUAAAAUUAAAGAAACUUAUAAUUUUUAAGUGGUCUCUUAUUUUUUUCCAGAGCAGUACAACUUCCAUUGUUGCAGUGAUAUGUUCUAUAUUCACUAUAUGGACAAAUGUAUUGAGACCUACAGGAUAAUUUACAUUAUUUAACCUUCCAUUCUAAACUUAUAGGCAUUCGUGUGGAGUCGGUCCCCCUUUUUGUACACUCUUUAAUGAACACACAGACAGAUUUCAUGGCUGGGAGUUGGAGUUUAUAUGCCGGUGGGAACGGCACUGAAUGGAGCACCGUAAGUCAAUUAUUAAAAAAAAAAGGUGUGUCCCAAUACUUUUGUCCAUAUAUUAUGUAUCUCAUUAAAACUGUGCUGUUUAAUAUUUCUUCUUGUAAUGUUUGAUCAGAAGAGAAUGUGCUUGAAUGUCCCUGAUUAAAGCUGUUUUAAACAUUAA